AUGACUUCCCACUCCGACCCGCCCCCCUCCUACAACCAAGCCAUCGGGCUCACCCCCCACGACACCACCGAACCUCCCUCCUCCCUUCCCCAUCAAGCCCGCAACGACAUCCCCCCUUCCUCCCGGCGCAGCAUGGAAGACGAGCUCCGCCCGCUUCCCCCGGGCUGGGUCCGCCAAUUCGACGCCGACACCCAGCACCAGUUCUUUGUCGACACCACGGCUUCACCACCGCGGUCGAUUUGGCAUCACCCGUACGACGAUGAGGUGUAUCUGGAUUCUUUGCCGGUUGGGGAACGGGACCGUGUGAAGAGGGAGUUGUCCGGGUUGCGGAGGAGUCCGAGUGUAGCUGAUCUUGAGGCGGAGGAUACCGACGUGUCCGAUGCUUCUUCCUCUGUUUCUCACAAGCAGGAGAAUGGAAACAACCCUCCCAACCGACGCACCCGCCUAGGCCGCCUCCUCAAAGACCGCCUAACAAACACCACCCACGCCCAACGCGCCGCCACCCGCGCCCGCCGCGCAGCCGCCGAACGCGACCUCUACACACAACACCGCGUGCUCCGCAAAGCGUUACUCGAUGCCGCCGAAUCGGGCCAGCCACAGCCUCUGGGACGGGAUGAACAGGGAAGGGAGCUGUUUUUGGAACCGCCUGGGGUGGUGUAUCCCGGGGUGGUGAAUGUGAGACGGUUGAGUCCGUAUUGGAGUGAGGUUAG